UGGGCGGGCACAAGGCUAAUGACACUGCUCUCCCUUGAGGGGCUCCCAGUUGAAACAGCCUCCUCCUAAGGCUGCUGCUCCCCUUGCGACCAUGAGAGCCAGGGGAAUCCCAGCGGAGAGCAACCCGCCCAGGACCUGGCACUCCCCUGCGCUAGCAGCAGCGAGGCACCCGAAUCGGCAGGAGGCAAAGUGAACCCUUUUCCAUGGCCGUCUUGGCUGCACGGUAGAAGCCGUCAAACAGGUUUGCGUCUGAGCUGGUCUAGCCAGCACUCCGGAGAUGGGAAGCUACUUGUCUGCUCCACCUUCCUUCCUUCCAAAGGAGCCCUUUCGUUGCUCCGAGUGCCAGGACCUCCUCACAAACUGGUACUACGAAAAGGAUGGGAAACUCUACUGCCACAAGGACUACUGGAGGAAAUUUGGCGAGUCUUGCCACGGCUGCUCUCUGCUGAUGACUGGGCCAGUCAUGGUGGCUGGGGAAUACAAGUACCACCCAGAAUGCUUUGCGUGUAUGAGCUGCAAGGUGAUCAUUGAAGAUGGCGACACGUAUGCAUUGGUGCAGCACUCUGCCCUCUACUGUGGCAAAUGCCAUAACCAGAUUGUUCUGACGCCGAUGAUUGAGAGGUUGUCCACCGAGUUCCUGUGUGAACAGCUGCCCUACACACUGACCCUCAUCUCCAUGCCUGCGGCCACUGAUGGCAAGCGAGGAUUCACGGUGGCUGUUGAAGGUGGCUGCUCAACCUAUGCCACUAGCGUCCAAGUGAAAGAAGUCAACCGACAGCAUAUUAGUCCUGAUGUCCAGAACGCUAUUCACCCUGGAGACAAGAUCCUGGAGAUCAAUGGGACCCCGAUUCGCACACUACAAACAGAAGAGAUAGAGGAUCUGAUUCGCAAGACAAGCCAAACCCUCCAGCUGUUGAUCGAGCAUGACCCCGUCUCUCAGCGCCUCGACAGACUGCGUCUGGAUGCCCGGAUGCCCGGGCGCACGAAAAAGCCCUCUUCUCCCUGCCCCAUAUCAGCUCUGGACCUGAAGGAGAACCUGGAAGGAACGCUGCGGCGUCGCUCCCUCAGGCGAAGCAACAGCAUCUCCAAGUCCCCUGGCCCCAGCUCCCCAAAGGAACCGCUCCUCCUCAGCCGGGAUAUCAGCCGUUCCGAAUCACUCCGCUCAUCCACAAGUGGUUCCCAGCAGAUCUUCCGCCCCUGUGAUCUGAUCCACGGGGAGGUUUUGGGAAAAGGCUUCUUCGGCCAGGCUAUCAAGGUGACUCACAAAGCAACAGGGAAAGUGAUGGUGAUGAAGGAGCUGAUCCGUUGUGACGAGGAAACACAGAAGACCUUCUUGACAGAGGUGAAGGUGAUGCGCAGCUUGGAUCACCCCAACGUCCUGAAAUUCAUUGGCGUGCUGUACAAGGACAAGAAGCUGAACCUUGUCACAGAGUACAUUGAAGGCGGGACUCUGAAGGAUUUCCUCCGGAACAUGGAUCCAUUUCCCUGGGAGCAGAAGGUCAGCUUUGCCAAAGGAAUUGCCUCAGGAAUGGCUUACCUCCACUCGAUGUCCAUCAUCCACCGAGAUCUGAACUCCCACAACUGCCUGAUCAAGCUGGACAAGACUGUGGUGGUUGCAGACUUUGGCCUCUCCCGGCUGAUUGUAGAGGAGAGGAAGAAGCCCACCCUGGAGAAGCCAUCGGCCAAGAAGCGGACCCUGCGCAAGAGUGAUCGGAAGAAGCGCUACACAGUGGUGGGGAACCCCUACUGGAUGGCACCAGAGAUGCUGAACGGGCAGAGCUAUGAUGAGACAGUGGACAUCUUUUCCUUUGGGAUUGUGCUAUGCGAGAUCAUCGGACAAGUGUAUGCCGAUCCAGAUUGCCUCCCCCGCACUCUGGAUUUUGGACUCAACGUGAAGCUCUUCUGGGAGAAGUUUGUUCCCACCGACUGCCCUCCGGCCUUCUUCCCCCUGGCAGCCAUCUGCUGCAGGCUAGAGCCAGAGAGCAGGCCCCCGUUUUCCAAACUGGAGGAUUCUUUUGAAGCCCUUUCCUUGUACCUGGGAGAGCUGGGAAUCCCUCUUCCGUCAGAACUGGAAUUGCUGGAUCACAACGUCAGCAUGCAGCACGGGCUGAUCCGGGAUAAGCUACCUGAAAACCUCACCUAAUCCUCAAGACCUGUGCGCACUUUCCAUAAAUUGCCUGUGGGGAGGGAGUGGG